GCGGUGUGCUGCGGCCGGGCCGGGUGAAUGGGAUUGAAGAAGAGUUCAGCUUCUCGGCUUGUUUUUGUGUUACAGUUUCUCUCCUCCUGCGCCUCUUCGGCUUCGUGCCGCCCUCCCCGCCCGCUCCCUCCUCCCCGCCGCAGGAGGAGCCCCCCGCGGAGAGGGGGAAGGAAAAGGACCCCACAGAGGCGAGAGCGAGCGAAGAGGAGGAGGAGAAGGGAGCAACCUACCAUCUUCCACUCCCCGCUUAGCUUAAAGAAAGUGAGAGGAGAGAGAGAGAGGCGCCCAGAAGAGGGGGACAGGGAGGCCCAGAGGAGCGGCGGCGCCGGCACCCUCCCCCUAUGAAGAAGAGUCCUCCCCCUCACAGAGAGGUCCUGCCAGGGGGACCCCGGCCGGCCCGCAGCAGCACCGCCGCCGCCAGCAGGCGCCGGGAAAAUUCCGUUUCUUCAGCAACUUGUUAUUCCGGAGCCGGGCCUGCUCCCCCCGCCCUGGGGCUGCCCUUCCCGCACAGGAGGGGGUAGAGAGCUGAAAGGGAUAACUUACUCAAAACUGGACUGGUGUUAAAGAGGAAACCAGAAACUAAAGGCACUGGAAUCAGCAAAGACACUUCUAGAGAAAGUGGAGAAGGUAGAGAAUGGAGCUGCAGACUCUACAGGAGGCUCUGAAAGUGGAAAUUCAGGUUCACCAGAAAUUGGUUGCCCAAAUGAAGCAAGAUCCACAGAUAUUUUUUCUUUCUAAUCAGAACGCUGAUUUGAAGAAACAACUUCAUGAACUUCAAGCCAAAAUCACAGCUCUGAGUGAGAAACAGAAAAGAGUGGUGGAGCAGCUUCGGAAGAAUUUGAUAGUGAAGCAGGAACAGCCAGACAGUAAAUUUCAAAUACAGCCAUUGGCACAGUCAGAAAACAAACUACAGACACCACAGCCACAACCACUACAACAGCUACAGCAGCACCACCAUCAACAGCAGCAACAGUCCACGGCACCCUCUCCAAACGUGAUAGGAUCACAGAAAACUGUAACUACAGCUUCUAUGAUCACCACUAAGACACUACCUCUCGUCUUGAAAGCAGCAACUGCGACCAUGCCUGCCUCUGUUGUGGGUCAGAGACCUACCAUUGCCAUGGUUACUGCUAUCAACAACAAUCAGAAAGCAGUCCUCAGCACUGAUGCGCAGAAUGCACCAGUCAACCUCCAGACAACAAAUAAGGUCACUGGGCCAGGAGCUGAGGCAGUCCAAAUAGUGACAAAAAACACAGUAACUUUGCAGGUUCAGGCUACGCCUCAGCCCAUAAAAGUGCCGCAGUUCAUCCCUCCUCCCAGACUUACUCCUCGUCCAAAUUUUCUUCCACAGGUUCGACCUAAACCAGUUGCCCAAAAUAACAUUCCUAUUGCCCCUGCACCUCCUCCAAUGCUUGCAGCUCCUCAGCUUAUUCAGAGGCCUGUGAUGUUGACAACAAAGUUCACACCCACCUCUUUACCCAACUCUCAGAACUCCAUCCAUCCAGUUCGUGUAGUUAAUGGGCAAACAGCAACCAUAGCCAAAACUUUCCCUAUGGCACAGCUCACCAGCAUCGUGAUAGCAGCACCGGGCACCAGGCUUGCUGGGCCUCAGACUGUACAGAUCAGCAAACCAAACAUUGAAAAACAGGCUAUUAAACCACAUGUGGAAACAGAAGAGAAGCAAACAGAAAGUCGUACAGUUACUCCACCUGCUGCACCGAAGCCAAAACGAGAAGAAAAUCCACAGAAACUUGCCUUCAUGGUGUCUCUGGGACUAGUUACUCAUGACCACCUGGAAGAAAUCCAAAGUAAGCGACAAGAGAGGAAAAGAAGAACAACAGCAAAUCCAGUGUACAGUGGAGCCGUUUUUGAGCCUGAGCGCAAGAAGAGUACAGUGACGUACCUGAACAGCACAAUGCACCCCGGGACACGUAAAAGAGGUCGUCCACCUAAAUACAACACGGUGUUGGGGUUCGGGGCUUUGACCCCCACGUCCCCUCUCUCCAGUUAUCCUGACUCCCCUGAAAAUGAAAAGACAGAGACCACAUUUACUUUUCCCGCAGCUGUUCAGCCUGUGUCCCUGCCUAGCCCCAGCUCCACAGACGGUGAUAUCCAUGAGGAUUUUUGCAGCGUUUGCAGAAAAAGUGGGCAGUUGCUGAUGUGUGACACUUGUUCACGUGUUUAUCACCUGGAUUGUCUGGACCCGCCUCUGAAAACCAUUCCUAAGGGCAUGUGGAUCUGUCCCAAAUGUCAAGACCAGAUGCUAAAGAAGGAGGAAGCAAUCCCAUGGCCAGGAACUUUAGCAAUUGUUCAUUCAUAUAUUGCAUAUAAAGCAGCAAAAGAAGAGGAAAAACAGAAACUACUUAAAUGGAGUUCAGAUUUAAAACAGGAAAGAGAACAACUAGAGCAGAAGGUCAAACAGCUCAGCAAUUCUAUAACAAAAUGCAUGGAAAUGAAGAAUACCAUCCUUGCAAAACAGAAGGAGAUGCACAGCUCCUUGGAGAAGGUAAAACAGCUGAUCCGCCUCAUCCAAGGCAUCGACCUUUCAAAACCCAUAAACUCUGAGGUCAAUUCAGUAGCCAUCUCCAACGGCAUGGACUCCACUAACAAUACUAAUGCUGCCACCUCCACCUUAGCCCCCUCCCCUUCCCAGAGCUGCAUGGUGAACUGUAACAAGGGCGAUGAGACUAAAUAACACAGUGAAGUUAAGAAGGAGCCAAGGGAGGUGGCGGCGAGGAGAAAGAGCAAAAUAAAGAAACUCUAGAAAAGCAAAACUGGAUUUCUUCUGGAAAGUGCAGAAUUCUUUAGUUCUUUGGUUCCAGAGAGAGCGUGAAGAUGCUUGUGCCAGGCGGCACCGGAGUUUGCCAAUUGAUCCUUCUUAUUCUGUGUGUACAUGCGAAGUUUGGAUCAUGUUACAUGAAUAGUGCCAGCUGGGGGUUCUUUGCCAGCACCAUGCCAAGUGAAAUAAUAUAUUUACUCUCUCUAUAUUUUACACCAGUGUGUGCCUGCAGCAGCCUCCACAGCCACUAUAGGUUUGUUUUAUUUUUGUUUGGGGUGAGGAGCAGGGAUAAGGGAGGAGAGCAGGUUUCAAGUUCCUAUUUGCAGAACAGUUUGUUUAGCUAGGGGAAAACAAAAACAAGUCCAAAGAGCCUAUGGGCUUUUCCUGUUUCUAAACUCUCAGUACUAUUAAACCAAAAAACCAGAAAUAUAAAUUAUCAAAUCCCAGUGCCCAGAAGGGACAAGUCUAUCAAAUGAGCAGUAUUUACUAUUGUUUAGACAGGAGAUGUACAAAAGGAAAGGAGAUGGACUUUUCACUGAGUAACCAGCACAUAGAAUCAUAGGAUAUGCUGAGUCAGGAUCACCGAGUCCAACUCCUGGCCCCACAGGACACCCCAAGAAUCACACCACGUGCCUGAGAGCCUAUGGGUCCUCACACUCAUCCAGAAAGUCUGUUUUGGGAAUGGGAAAAGAGAGGGCCAGAAGCCAGGGUCAGCUGGGAGCAUUGGAUAGAGGUGUCCCAAGAGAAAAUGUGCAUCAAUUACUUGAAAAUGAGAUUCCAUCCCUUUUCUGUAUUUAUAAACAACACAGGUAUCCUGAACAAAGUAGCACAUAACCCAGAUGUGUGAACUCAACAGAGAAAUGUCCUUUUCUUUCACUUCCUUUCUCUUCUUUUGGUAACAAGAACUAAAUAAGGAAUAGAAAAGCUGUUUUUCAGGCUGACAGUCUAAUUAAAGAGGUAGAUGGGACCUUGCAUGGUAUAGAUUAGAAGUAAUAGUGUCAGUGAGAUACAGUGAGUCUUUGUGAGUCCUUGUGUCAUCGUUUUGGGCACUGUUUUUUUAUGCAAGGGCAAAAUCUUUGUAUCUGGGGGAAAAAAAAAACAACUUUUUUAAAUUAAAAAGGAAAAUAAAAGAUAUUGAGGUCUUCCUAGUGUUACUUAAAAUAAGAUCAAGGUAAGAAACAUUGUAAAAAAAAUUACAAAAGUGCUAUUUGUUUCCUAAACAAGUGAUUUCUAUUAAAAAGGUGUCAGAACUGGAGAAAAUGCUGUGUACUUAGAAUUUUUUAACACAGACUUUGCUUAUUUAUGAUGAUAUUCUGCUGUGUUUUUGUUCUAAAAUCUAAUGGGACAGUUUCCAUAGGUUCUACCAUAUAUCUACUGGCUAAAGUCUAAAGAGAAUCAAAUCCUACAGUGCUGGAUCUCACCCCAUCUGGAGGAUGUCCCAGGCUUGUCUCUGCUGUUACUAUCUCUCUCCCAUUCUUCCAUGUGUUUGUAACCCAGAGAAAAGCAGUUGGCAGUGUGCUUGUGUAAGGCUUUAAUAGUUCUGUGAUACAGACUGAAUGAGAGACAGUGAGUUGGACUGAAAUCACCCUCUGUUCUCUCCUCUUGUUCAAGUUCAUCUCUAAUGUAUAAUCUUUUCACUCUGGACAGAACUUGCUUUGUGCUUCCUGACUCUGGGCUCUGGCUCAGUUUAGGGUGCUGAUUCUGGUCAGGUUGUGUCCCAGGGCUGUCUGGCUUCACUACUACAUUUACAUGUUUGGGCAAAGCCCAUUUCCACUGGAAGUACCAGGAAAACUCCCUUUACUUCCUUACUUCCUGUGGGAGCACAGUGAGCCACUGCCCACACAGGGUGAGGCAGUGUCCCCAGUGUGGUGGCCUUGAGAGCAUGUGUUGGGUGGUGAGGCAGACCUGCUCAGCUGUUCCACAGUGAAAGAUAGAAAAGCUUUGCAUUUCAAGGAUGCAUUUCUGAGCAAGUGAAUACUCCAGACACCACACAGCCUGAGAGAGUUUCUUUGCUGCCCCAGCCAAGUGGGCUUCUGUGGAGUUCUUGGAGCUGUUUUAUUCCCUCUCCUUUAGGUUGCCCUUCUGCCCUUUAAGGACUUGUAUUCCUUCUCUAGGAGUGUGCACUAUUUUCAGCUCUGGGCUCAGAACUGAUACCCUGAGUUCUCACAUUUGUCUAAGUUGGGAAAGUGAUUCUUACACACACUUCUGAGCUGAACCCUGACUCUGUCUUUUGAUGUGUGAGUUCUGUUCUGGAACUAGCAGAGCUGGAAGGAUCAGUUAGCAGAAGUGGCAGGGAGACAGCUGGGCAGACACUGUCAAAAUGGAUCAUACUAAAAAGUCCUUCCAUCAAUCCAGUUACCAAUGGGGUCAUUACCAUUGGGCAGCACUAGGCCAGCAACCCACAGCAUUUAAACGAAGGACUGUCUAUUUCAAGGGUUGAUGAGAAAAAACAAACUGAACAUGAGCCUUCUGUAGAAUAUGAGCAGUCAGCUAACAGCCAGAUAUUCAAGAGAAGAUGCCUUUUGGAACAUGUUGGUCUUCAGCUGAGCAUUUGAGUGAUUCUUAACAGCAUCUUCUGAAGCAUUGAGUAUUCCUGGUAAGAGACUGUCUCCAGGGAUAGGUGUGCUGAGUCUUUGUGGUUCUCAUGCUCUUAUUUCUGGGUUAACCUGAGCUCUCUUGGAAGCAGUGCACUAUUUGGAGGUAGGAGGCUGUGCCUGGAGACUCAAUAGUCCUUCUGAUUUCUUUCCUCAUUCAGGAGAGGAUGGGAAUGAAAUUCACUAGUAGCCAUAUUUAAAUUUGCACAGAGUUAAUCAGCCAGGAGAUGUUAAAACAGCUAUUACUACUUUCCUGAGGCAUCUGCUUGUCUCCAGAACCCAAGCAGAUAAGUACAGAUUUUAUAUCCCUUUUGUUACAGCAUUUGUGUUCCAGACUGUAAAAGGAUGCCUUUACUUAAUCAUUACUUGGCAGAAAAAUGAUCUUAGACUUUUUGAUGCUGCUUAGGUAGUUUUCUUUCUCUCUCACUGAUCCUGUUGGGAUGCUUUUCUCCUGGCUCUGCAACAGUAUUAGCCAAUAGGCAAGGAGCAUUCCUAGGGCUGCACUGACACUGGCAAUAAUGCUGCUGUGUAGACACAGUGAAUUUGGGUUAUCUCUGCCCAAUUACCUACAACAGGGUAGAAGGAGAAUUGGUGUUUGCUAGAUACAGAGGAAAAUGGGUUUUUUUCUUAGCUGCUGUAAGAGGUUCCAAUCAAGGGAGAAAUUUAAACUGUGAUAGCUUAAAGAUCAAGCUUUUCUUUUGGGUUCAUACUGGUUUGGGGUUUUUUCUCAUGUAAUAUUUGAGAUAGAAUGAGUUUCUACUGAAAAUUACGCUCUUUGGGAAGCUGUCAUACUGGCUGUGGUUUUGUUUUUCCAAACCACCAUCAAGAUAUUAACUAAUUCUUAUGUCAUUGCUUAUCAUUGGUGGGAAAAAAGUGGCUUUUAAAUCUCUGUUAUAAGGGAAGAAAUGAGACCACAAAGGAAUAUCAUAUCAAAGAUGGUCCUUGCUCUCAGCCCAGUGCUAGGGGCUUUAAGAAGUCACCCUGCUCUUUGCUCAGAAAUAGAGCAAGCGUUGCAGAAGUUUCUUUUUCCCUUCUCCAGCUGUUCUUCAAACUGCUGGAAAAGUGUGUUGUGGUCAGAGUGGGAAAGUGAGCCUGUGACCUGGCUAGAGGAAUUGGUAUCACCAUUGGUCUUUUCAUUGUCUUUGUUUAGAGCCAGCAGUGAGUUUAGUGCUGUACAAAACAUGGAGGAAGCAAUACUUCUAGGGAUGAUUGGAAGGUAGGGUGAGUAGCAUGGCUGAUUCUUCCAAGACAUCAUUAGCCAUGAGUUACCAUGUUGGUAGGAUGAAGUAAUGUUUUGCAUGAGCAAAACGGGGCUUUGUUCUAUGUUGCAAGCAGGUUUCUGUCAGUGGGGAUAUGAAUUAAAAACCUGGAAAUUAAAGAGGUGAUAAUUGUAUGGGCAGAUCUAUUGGUUUUAUUGUUGGCAGAAAAAAUAAUAUUGCAUUUUAUCUUUGCUAGAUUUAAGAAAGCAAAUCUGUAUUCCAAAUGUCUAGAAAUGUGAAACCUAAUUCUGACCUCCUUGGCUUCAAAUCUUCUUCCCUGUACUGUUGCAGAGACAGCUGUAAAAAGCAGCAUGGUCAGCAUUCAGGAGAACCUGGAGUGAAACCUCCAUCUUAGUCCCAUCAAGCUGUGGCAGCCCACAGUAUAGGAAAUAAACUCUGAAAUUUUUCAUGUUUUCACAUUCUCAUGAGAAAACAUUUGUGAAUUUGCAGUGCACAUGUUUCUUUUCUUUUCCUCAGCUAGGUUGCACCCCACCCUCUUUGAUUCUAAAGCACUAAUGAUGAAUACAUGCUUUUAAUGAAAUGUGGUUUUAAAAUAACAUAUUAAGAUGUUAAACCAAAAUUCAGUCUUUUACUGAGGGCCUCUCUCAGUGAGCUGCUCAGAUAACCACCAAAAUACCAGUGUUACGCUUCCUUGGGGACACGCCCCUUUGGGCAGGGUUCCUCCUGUCUUUUUAGAGUUGUUUUGACCCUUCUUCACCUCUUGUCCUCCCUUGGAAUUCUGGAGAUCCAAGGCAAGUUAAACUUUGCUGGAUUACUGCAAAGAUUUUUCUGACGAGUAUGUAGGAGUCAGGAACCUGGAGAAAGAGGAAGAUGUUUUGUUGUGCAGCUAAUUCAUUCGGCGCUUAGGCUUGCCUGGCCAACAAACUACCUCAGUAAAGUCCAUUCCCAAGCACUAUGGAUUCUGUAGUUUCUGGCAUUCAGAAGGCAAGAGGUCCAAAGAACUCUUCAGCAACCAGCUAGGUACUGGUCUCUGAGGACGUGGGAGCAAGCCUUGCAGUGACCUGCUGCUGGAUCCUUGUUUUCAGUGGUCAGACAUGGACCAGAAAGUGACCCAAAAAUCAGAUGGGAUCGGGAAAAGGGAGAGCUGCAGAUGUCUUGUCUCCAGGUUAUUGCUCUCUUGCUCAGAUCCUUCUUUAAGACUCAGUCCUGUUUCUAACUCCUACAGAAUGGAAUGUAAUACUUGAAAAGUACUAUGAGUCUCUCUAUCCUUUACCCUUAGCUCCCAUUUCCCUCCUGUUUCUCUCUUACCUGGGACAAGAACUUUCUGCAUCAUUGUGUCUUGUAUAGGCUGAGCACAUAGUUGAUCAACUUGCCAAUAAAGAAAAUUAUUUGUACCAUGCACUGGUAAGCUUGGUAAUUAAAGACCCAUGAAAAGACAAAUGCCUCUCCCAGAGGUUAAUUUAAUUGCGGGCUUGUAUCAGAAAACCAAGAGCUUACCUGUGUGAAAGUCUGUCUGUAUCCCUGUCAGUAUUACUAAAAUACCUGAGUAAUGAACAGAACAGAGGCUCGCCAAGAGCACAGCUGCUGUGGAAAUCACUGUGCUGUGCAAGUCCCUGGAGUGUAUCUCAUGUGAAUAGCCAGGCCAUGGCUUCCCAUCUCCCUGGGCCAGAGGUGGAUGUUGCAAGGGACAAAUUAAAGGACAGGAGCCUCUUUUGAGAAGUGGUACAGGGCUGGAGAUGGAAAGGAAGAGAGAAAAAGCAGGAGCAGCAAAGGAAACAAAGAUUAUGUGGGGUAAACCAGAACAGAGAGAAAAAAUAUGGAAAGACAUUAGGUGAGAAAGUGAGGGUAGGAAAAAUCCAGGAGUGAAGCAGGUCUCCCUUCUGAGUAGAUAGGUAUUUCUGUAGUUACAGGGUUUGAAAGUUCAGUGGAAAGAGUAGAACAAAACCACUCUUUUAUCCUACCUCAAUUUCUGACAUGGGUUGGUCUGUAUUCCAAAAGGAGCAGGUGUGGUGGGAGAAAAGAGCUACUUAGGUGCAGACUGAAAAGGCAGUAGGCACAAAGUCAUCCCUAGCUCUGCUUCUGCUGCUGAGUGAGCCCAUCCUGAUGAGAACCUUAUUUGACUUCCAAGCUACAACAUGGGGAUGAAGCAGAUCAAGCAGACCUUGAGGCAGCUAGAGCCGACUCUAAUCUGGACUGUAUUAAUUAAACAUUUUCUUGGCUGUAAACAUUCCCAAAACUAGCUAAAGGUUCAGCUCUGCUGAUGUGGUUGCACCUUCCUAGUUCAAGUGCUACAAUGAGCCUAGCUGAAACCAGCAUCCACUCCCAGAAGCCCUGGGUUCUGUGUGAGUGAAGGAGAUGAUAUGGAAUAGGAUGUGUGAUUCAGAUACUUCUCAGCCACCUCCUGGAGUAUCUGUGGAAGAUCCCUGCUCUCUGGGCUGUCAUAUAUGGCAGUUCUGUGCCAAAAUCCCUCUGUGUGAGCAAUGCCUCCCUGUUUUCUCAGGAUCUGGUUUCUUUAGGGACACAUGGAAAGGGGCAUUUCACCAGUGCAGCUAAACAAGGGACAUGUUUGUGUUAAGUUUAAUGUAACCUGUGAGGAGCUGAGGGCCUGCCUCUCGGCCACAUUGAGCAGCCAGACCAGGGGGCACCCUCCUGGGAAAACAGCUGUCCCAGCUCUCCUGUGUAACAAGGGAUAAGCUCUGUGCCUGUUCUUCUCUCUCUAGUAUCCAAGCAGGUGUCAAAGGCUUCAGAUGGAGAAACUCAGCCCACACCUUAGUUCUAGAAAAGAGGAAGCACUUAAGGACUUGGUUACUAUCAGGAGUGCCUGGUGAACUCAAAAGCCUUGAGAGUGUGGCCCUGUUGUGGGUGGAGAGCUGGCACAAAAAGGCAGCAGCACCAGUGAGCAGUAUUGAUCAGCUCAGCACCACCUUUUGCAUCUUUUUUUCUUUUUCCUAAAUUUAGACUGGCAAAAGUAAACCUCAACUUAUCCCUGCCCUUUUGUCACCAGCCUUCUUAUAUCUGUUCUGUUGGAAAACAAAUGAAGUAUGGUUGCCUUUGUGCUUUGAGAACACUUUUCUCAGUGAGCAAUCAGAACUUAGUGAGCCUUGGGGGUAUAGCUCAGGUGGGGAAGGGAAGCAGUGUCACAGGGCAGCUCCUGGGGCUGUGUUCUGUGACCACCCUUGAUUUUGGAUCCCUAGCACUGAGGUUUGAUACUGCAGCAGCACUGGGUACAUGCUGUGCACGUGCAAGGGCAGGGGUUCCCCUGGCUUGUUAUCCAAGUUUGUUAUUGGUGUCUCAGGUGGAGCCAGAAUUGCUGGGGUAGGAAAAGAGAUUGCUUUGUGCCUCAUGUUCCCCUCCGUAAGGCAGGUACUGGCAGUUCAGACUUUGGAAGAGCAGAUUUCCAUGGCUGCAGGCACUGGGGUAGGCACUGUUGAAAGAAGCCCCGUGCUGGGUGUGGUGGGAGGCUGCAUGUUUCUGCUUGUUCUGGGCUAAUGUGUAAUUUCUAAUCAUAGUCUUAUGUUUCUUCACUUAAAUUAUCACUGACAUCAAAACAGUGAUUGACUCUAGAGCCAGGCAGUGUCUUACCUGUCCACUCUCCCUUCCAGAAGGUGUGCUGUCUCUGAGUUGCUCCUGAUGUCAUAUGUGACAGGCAGCCAAGGCCCUCCUUAAGGAAGGUUUUUGCUUCUGCGUAAGCCUCUGAGACUCAGGCAGCACCACAGAAGCAGAGCCAGCAGCAGUCAUGUCCCACAAGCUGCUUCACUCUAAUUACAGCAGCAGGGUCCCCCCAGGUGCCAUCUUACAUGGUCAGAGGAGUCUUGGCUUCCUCUCACAGCCCCACAGAAGCAAAGCAUGUGUUCCAAACUCCACUGAGCAAAGAUUAAGCAAGGUAACAGCACAAAGCAGGGGAGCCUGCUAGUGCCGACCUGUCCAGGCUUCCAGGCUCCUGUGGAGGAAGGAAACAACUUUGCUGUGUCAGCAGCAGUGGACACAGGUGGUGCUGAGCUGCUGCACCUGCAAGAUCUGGUGCAGCACUGGGGUGGCUGCCUGUGCUGAGUUUUCUUUAGGGAGCUGACUGGCUCUACACUGCAAACAACUCCUCUGGCAUGUCUGCAGCUGAGGGCAGGAGGGUUGUGAAGGCAGCUCUGCUUGUUUAGGAGAAAAUACUCAGGCUUCAGUCACGGCUUCAUGUUCCUACGUUCACAGCAGCACAAUCUGUGUAGAUUUAUUAAUGCCACCAUCCCACCUGUGUGCCAUGCUUCGUCCCAUUCCCCCGUGCCCACCUGCUGUUUCACCAAGACUGAGCUGUAAAGUGGGAGUCGUGGCAUGUGCCUGGAGCAGGAGCUCACCCUGAAGGGCUCUGUGUCGGAGCCUGGUCCUUUCCCCAGUCUGUCUGAUUUCUCCAGGGGAUUUUGGUGACCAGCCCCCAGUUCCAGCAGUGCUGUCGCUCUAGCCAGGGGCCGGGGGCAGCUUCUCUCCCAGCUGGGUUUCUUAUGGCAAAGCCACAGGCUCUGUCCUCUGUGAGCCAGUGGCACCUGUGCUGUCCCAUUCCCCACCACUCUCCCUUCCUUGCAGGCCCUGGUGUAAAAUGCCCUUUCUGACUGGUACUGCUCUGUUGUCACAGAAUCACACCAUGAGAACACCCACUUGUGAACUGGUUUGGGAUUUUUAAAUAUCUCUAUUUUUUUUAGCCUGAUGCUCAUAGUGAUCUGCAGUAUCUGCUGCCUUCAAGUUCCUUGUGGUUUCAGUUUUGGUACAAAUGUGUUUAGAUUUUAGCAAAUUAAAGUUGGGGGGAGGGGGUACAGAGCAUCUGAUCAAUUUGUAUUUAUUUAUUUUAACAUUUUACUAAAUAAAACACAGUAAAAUA